CUGGAGCAUGGAGGGGACCCCAGUGUGUGUUUGUCUGUUGAUAGGGGCAGAGCAGGGGUGCUGUGAAGGGGGGGGAGAGAAGGGGACCCUGGACAAGGGCUGCCUAUGGGGACCCUGGGCAGGGGGACUCCAGGGGGAGAGGGAGUGCUGGGGGAGGGGAUGAUUGUGGGAUCAUGGGAGGGGGCAGUUGGAGAGUAAAUUAAGGAGGUUAGAAAGGCUGUUGGUGGGGUCCAGAGAAGGGGAGGGACAGGAUGUGAGCAUGGUAGUGGGUGACACUGGAGUGUCAGGGCACCAGGCAUUAGGGGGUCGGUAACACUGAGGAGCGGUGCAUGCGGAUCUGGAUGGUGGGGUUCUUUGGACCAGUGAUUCCUGCUAAUGUUUGCUGGCUGUCAGUGAUGGGGGAUCUGUGGAGGGGCGAAGUCUGCAACAUGAUUAACAAGACGUAUAACGAGUUCCUCCCGAGCAUGCAGAGCACUGAGGACUUGGUGUCACAAGUGGACAGUCUGUCCGGCAACAUGGACCUACUGAAAUCCAGGAUCGAAAAUGAGGUCCGGCAAGAUCUGAAUGUGGCCAUUGCGGAAUUUACUGAACUGAAGCAGCAGCUGGAGCGAGAUUCCUUAGUUCUGAGUGUGCUGAAACAGCUACAAGAGAGCCACUAGAAACAAAGCAAGGGACAGGUUUAAGGAGCAGAGCCAUCCCCAGGGUGACAUGCCAAGCAAAGAAGAGUCCAGGACAAACGUAUCCCCACUCUGAAGCUCUGUCCCAGUUAAUAUGUAGUUACAGUGGAUCAGCAUGAACUGGAAAGACGGAGGGAGCCAUCCAACCUGCCUGUUGCCAAGGCCUGUAAGGAGGCAUCUCCAGCAGCCCAG